GUGUAAAAAUCACGUGUAUGUAGUAGUGUGCGAACUAUAAUGAGGGUAUAUUACUUCAGGAUUGAACACUUGUUGGAUCUCUUUUGUAGCGACUUAGAGCUGGGAUCGUAACGACCGGUACAGAUUUAAUGCUGAAGGAAUUUCUUCAAGUUUCAGAACAUUAGUAUCUUUUUUAAUCGCACAAUGUCUGCAGGAAACUUAGCCCUUUUAAGUGUGUCUGAUAAAACAGGCCUCUUGCCGUUUGCUAAAAAAUUACAUGAGUUAGGUUUAACCUUAGUUGCAUCGGGUGGUACUGCAAAGUAUUUGAGAGAUGUUAGCAUUCCUGUAAAAGAUGUUUCAGCUGUUACUGGAGCACCUGAGAUGCUUGAUGGCAGAGUAAAAACUCUUCAUCCUGCUAUACAUGGAGGCAUAUUAGCCAGGCUCACAGAAUCUGAUCAAGAAGACCUUCAUAAACAAAACUAUGAGCUCAUUAAACUUGUUGUAUGUAAUUUAUAUCCAUUUGUAAAUACAAUUUCAAAGCCCAAUGUCACAAUUGAAGAUGCAGUAGAAAAUAUUGAUAUUGGUGGAGUAACAUUAUUAAGAGCUGCAGCUAAGAAUCAUAAUAGAGUAACUGUAAUUUGUGAUCCUAGUGACUACGAGAAUGUAAGAAAAGAGAUGGAAUCAUCAGACAAUAAAGAUACUUCUCUGAAAACUAGACAAGUGUUGGCUCUAAAAGCAUUUACACAUACAGCAGAAUAUGACAAUGCUAUUUCAGACUAUUUUCGUAAACAAUAUAGUGGUGGUGUUUCUCAACUCACAUUACGAUACGGAAUGAACCCACAUCAAAAACCAGCACAAAUUUAUACUACAUUGGACAAAUUGCCUUUAACUGUAUUAAAUGGUUCUCCAGGUUUCAUUAACCUUUGUGAUGGAUUAAACGGUUAUCAAUUAGUAAAGGAAUUAAGCACAGCUUUGAAUUUACCAGCUGCAACUUCUUUUAAACAUGUUAGUCCUGCUGGUGCAGCAGUUGGUGUACCAUUAGAUAUGAUACAAGCGAAAUUAUGUCAAGUGGAUGAUUUAUUAGAUCAAUUAACAUCUUUAGCUACUGCUUAUGCUCGUGCAAGAGGAGCAGACAGAAUGUCCAGUUUUGGAGAUUUUAUAGCAUUAUCCGAUCCCUGUGAUGAAGUCACAGCUAAGAUUAUAUCAAGAGAAGUUUCUGAUGGAAUUAUUGCACCGGGUUAUUCAGAGAGUGCAUUAAAAAUUCUUAAAAAAAAGAAGAAUGGUGCUUAUUGUAUUCUUCAAAUUGAUCCUACUUAUGUGCCAUCUUCAACAGAAAGGAAAGUUUUGUUUGGUUUAACUAUGGAACAAAAGCGUAACGACGCAGUUGUCAAUAAAGAAACAUUCACCAAUGUAGUAACUAAAAAUUUAACAGCUCUUUCUGAUUCUGCUAUGAGAGAUUUAAUCGUAGCUACUAUUGCCGUAAAAUAUACACAAAGUAACUCAGUGUGUUAUGCUAAAGAUGGACAAGUAAUUGGAAUUGGUGCAGGACAACAAUCUAGGAUUCAUUGUACAAGGCUCGCUGGUGACAAAGCUGACAACUGGUGGCUACGUCAGCACCCUAAAGUUACUAAUAUGAAGUUUAAGAAAGGGGUAAAAAGAGCAGAAAUUUCAAAUGCUAUUGAUAAUUAUGUAAAUGGAUCUGUUGGAAAAGAUAUGGAUGAAUCUGUUUGGGUAGCUAUGUAUGAAAAAGUACCAGAGAAACUUUCUGAAAAUGAUAGAUUAGAAUGGGUCAAAAAGGCAGAUAAUGUUGCUUUGAGUAGUGAUGCUUUCUUCCCAUUCAGAGACAACGUAGAUAGAGCAAGAUUGAGUGGUGUAAAAUACAUUGCAAGUCCAUCUGGUUCUACAAACGAUGAAGCAGUAAUAAAAGCUUGUGAUGAACACAAGAUUGCAUUAGUACACACUAAUUUAAGACUGUUCCACCACUGAUUAAAUCAUAAUACAUUACUGAACAAAUAAUAUUUGUUGAAUCCUUAUCUCAAAGUGCUGAUUACCCAGUGUCAUAUAUUGCAUAAUGGAAGUUGUACAUUAUGGAAAAUAGCUGAUACACAAAUAAACAGCAUAAUUAUAUCAAUGAAGUUGAUACAA